GCGUUGAUCUAUUACGAAAUGCUCAUGCUGCAGCAUCCGUUCCGCAGGGUUCGGCGGCGGUCGUCGGUCGAUGGCGUCCCCAAGAAACUGGCUCGCAUGCCCGAUCGGAUCCAAGAACUGUUGCAAGGAGCUUGGAAUCCGUCGGUGGAAGAACGAUGGACCAGUCGCGAGACUCGAUCUCGGCUCGAAGCCAUCUUGCAAGAGUUGGAGGACGAGGCGUAA